AUGCGGAAGACCGAGUCCCUUGACGACAUAAUGCCGGACGAGGAUGAUGAGGAGGACUGCAAGAAGAGACAAGAGCAACGGUCCAGUGGUCCACAGCAGAGGUCUAACUCUUUCAAUUAUCGUGUUAUUGGAAAUCUCCGCUUGGGUAAGAAACUAAUCAAUCAUAAUCUCUUUUCCCUCGGAUUGGUCAAUUCAAUCAGACGAGGCCAGGUGGAUGGGUCCAUUGAAAGGACUUCCGUUCAAUGGAGUUACAAUUAA